AUGGAGGAAGGAGCAGCGAAAGAGAAGGAGGGGGAAAUGAAAGAGGAAGACGCCGCCCUCAUUGAGUUCUACAGCUCCUUCAAGGAUUUGUUUGAGUUCUUCUGCCUCAACACCACCAUCCAUGGUACCAUCCGCCUGGUGUGCUCAAGCUGCAACAAGAUGAAGACGGCUUUCUGGGCCCUCCUCUUCCUCAUGAGCUUUGCCAUGCUGUACUGGCAAUUCGCGCUCCUGUUCAACCAGUACUGGGCCUACCCGGUCAUCAUGUCCAUGUCGGUUCACUCGGCGCCGAAGAUGUUCCCCGCCGUCACCGUCUGCAAUUUGAACCCCUACAGAGUCAACCUUGUCAGUAAAAAUAUGGCUGAGCUGGAUAACCUGGCGAGGGAAACCAUAUAUAAUUUGUACGGCUUCCACAUCCCAGUGGAAGAUCUGGAAGACGACGCGAGCGUCAGCCUGGAGGAGCAGCCGAACGGAAGGCCCAGCAAAGGCAACAGCUCCAGCUUCCAGCUGGACAAAAACAUCACCCUGGUGAAGACGGGUGAGAAAGUGGGCUUCCGGCUGUGCAAUGCAACUGGUGGGGAUUGCUACAACAAGGUGUACUUGUCCGGAGUAGAUGCUGUCCAAGAGUGGUACCGUUUCCAUUACAUGAACAUCAUGUCCCAAAUCCCACCCAUCAUUGACGUUUCCCUCACGGAGGAUGAUAUCGGAGACUUAGUCUACGCUUGUCAGUAUAACGGACAGCCGUGCGACGACAGCGAUACGGAACACUUCCACCAUCCCGUCUAUGGAAGUUGCUACACUUAUAACAAGAAUGGGAAGGAGAACUUCUGGGAAGCGUACAAGCCAGGAAUUGUUUAUGGCCUGUCCCUCAUCCUCAAAGUGGAACAAAAGGACCACAUCCCUUUGCUGUCCACUGAAGCGGGCGUGAAAGUGAUGAUCCACAACCACAACCAAACGCCCUUCUUGGAUCACGAAGGAUUCGAUAUCAGACCCGGGAUUGAAAGCAACAUCGGAAUCAAACAGGACGAGGUGACUCGCUUAGGUGGGGUGUACGGCGAAUGCACGCACGAAGGGAAGGACGUCAACGUCAAGCUCAUCUACAACAGCACUUACACGAUGCAGGCCUGUUUGCAUUCCUGCUUUCAGCAUGAGAUGAUUGAAAAGUGCGGCUGUGGAUAUUACUACUACCAACUGCCACCAGGGGCAGAGUACUGCAACUACAACAAACAUCCCGCCUGGGGGCAUUGUUUCUAUCUCCUAUAUAAAAAGCUUGCCAACCACCAGAUCAGCUGUUUCAACAAGUGCCCGAAGCCAUGCAAGGAGACUUGGUACAAACUUUCGGCAGGAUACGCUAAAUGGCCGUCGUCCAAAUCUGAGGCUUGGAUUCACAGGGCUUUGGAGGCACAAAACAGUUACAACACAACAAGCGACCGGAAAGAUAUCGCCAAGGUGAAUAUCUUCUACGAGCGGCUAGAUUACAACUCUUGGGACGAGUCUGCGGAAUGGACUGUGACUCUGAUCAUGUCCAGCAUGGGAAGCCAAUGGAGUCUCUGGUUUGGGUCGUCAGUGCUGUCCGUGGUUGAGAUGUUUGAGCUCGUUGUAGAUAUCGCCAUCUUGACCCUCAUCUUCUUCUACCGGAGGCUCACAACCAAGAAGAAGCUCAAAAUGUCCCAGUCCCCUACCAUCCCAAGUGUGACCUUGACUUUGGAGAAAUACCGAUUUAUGGAAGAAGGGCUGCCUGCUAACCGAGUGAUUGAAAAGCCUUAUGCCCAGGAUGGCAACGACUCCUUUGCCCAAACGGAUGAACUCCCUCCAUACUCAAAAAGUAACAAGAACCAGGUGCCCGAACUGUACUCGUCUGUGGUGCUCCAUGGAUUUAAACACCGGAAAGAACAUUGUGUAGAUAUAGGUCUGAAUAGCUAA